GUUACAGAGGAAACAUAUCAUUUAUUGAGCAUUAAAAUAAUAUCUUCAUUCGAUUCGUACAGUCUGGCGAAGCAUUCACACACGCCGGAUGCGCUGCGCUGUAGUGUACAAGCAGAGUGAGCUACACACCGCAUUUACAGAUUAAGUGAUCGUCAAGGCUUGCUGGGUCAUGGGGUUGACCAAGCAGUACCUGCGCUAUGUGUCCAGCGCUGUCUUCGGAGUCAUCGGCAGCCAGAAAGCCAACAUCGCCUUUGUGACGCUGCGCGGGGGGGAGAAGGCAAGGCACGUCGCCGUGGCCGCCUGCGAGCACGUAUUCAUAUGGGACGUCCGAAAAGGAGAAAAGGUGCUGAUCCUGAAGGGUAUCAAACACGAGGUGACCUACCUGUGCCCCGCCCCCGACGGCAACCACAUCGCCGUGGGCUACGAGGAUGGAGCCGUGCGCAUCUUCAACCUGCUCAGUGGAGAGAGCAAUGUAUCGUUCAACGGACACAAGACCGCCGUCACCGCAAUGGGCUAUGACGCUCUGGGGGCGCGUCUCGUCACAGGUUCCAGGGACACGGAUGUCAUCGUGUGGGAUGUGAUCAACGAGUGUGGUCUGUUCAGGCUGAAGGGCCACAAGGACUCCAUCACCCAGGCUCUCUUCCUGGAGAACCACAACCUACUGGUGACCAGCUCCAAGGACAGCUUUGUGAAGUGGUGGGAUCUGGACACGCAGCACUGCUUCAAGACUCUGGUCGGCCAUCGCAGUGAGGUAUGGGGCAUGGUUCUGCUGGACCAGGAGUCCCGUCUGCUGACGGGGUCUGCGGACAGCGAACUCAGAGCCUGGGACAUCAACUACUUGUCGCAGGAGAAAGAUGAGGGGGAACCGAAAGAGAAGAAGGUUAAAUCUCUGCUGGAUGAUGAGGACGAGGCCGAGGAUGAAGCUAUGGACGAGAGCCCUGAAGAUAGGAUACUGAGCUGUAAGAGUGCUGGUUCCAUCCUCCGGGAGGCCAGGGACAGGGUUGUCUCAAUGACAAUGGACAGCAAAGCCCGCAUCCUCGCCUGCCAUGGUAAUGAGACAGUCCUGGAGCUCUUCAAGGUUCUGUCAGCGAAGGACGUGGAAAAAGCCAUGGGCCGGAAGCAGAAGAAAGCCACGAAGAAGGCCGCAAAGCUGAGGGAGGACACAGACCAGGAGGUUCCAGAGCCCGUGGUGCAGAAGACUCUGGGAGACGAGAUCACAAGACUGACCAAAAUCAGGGCUUCUUCCAAAAUCAGAUGGGUUGACUCUCUGUGGUGUACCGGGGGAGAGCUGAAGGUGGCGCUGUUGCUCCAGAACAACACGGUGGAAACCUACAGCCUGAAGCUCUCGGACCACAAAGCCACGCCCAGGGCCACGCCCACACCUGUGGCUAAUAAGACGUCUCGGCUGACACUGGCGGGUCAUCGCACAGACGCUCGCACGCUGGCGUUCAGCUCCGACAACAUGGCCGUCCUGUCAGCCUCAGGCGACACGGUCAAGGUCUGGAACAGGUCUACCCUGCAGGUGGUGCGAACCAUGGAGUGUGACUACGCCCUCUGCUCCCUGUUUGUACCUGGAGACAGACAGAUCAUACUCGGAACCAAGAGUGGGAAGCUCCAGCUCUUUGAUCUGGCCUCAGGAGGACUAAUGGAGAACGUCGCAGCCCACGAGGGAGCUCUGUGGUCCCUUGCUCUGUCUCCAGAUCAGAGGGGUAUUGUUACAGGCGGUGCAGACAAGACGGUCAGGUUCUGGGACUUUGAGCUGGUCAAGCGAGAGGAGAGCGAACAGAAGAGGCUAACGGUGAAACAUACGCGGACCCUGCAGCUAGGAGAAGACGUGUUGUGUGUGAAGAUCUCCCCGAACCAGAGGCUGCUGGCGGUCGCUCUGCUGGACUCUACGGUCAAGGUCUUCUACAUGGACACGCUCAAGUUCUUCCUGUCGCUGUACGGACACAAGCUUCCCGUUCUCUGUCUGGACAUAUCCCACGACAGCACACUGAUCAUCACAGGCUCGGCCGACCGAAAUGUCAAGAUCUGGGGUUUGGAUUUUGGAGACUGUCAUCGCUCUCUGUUUGCCCACGACGACAGCGUCAUGUUCCUCCAGUUUGUUCCCAAGACUCACCUGUUCUUCACGGCGGGAAAGGACAAGAAGAUCAAACAGUGGGACGCAGACAAGUUUGUGCUCAUCCAGACGCUAGAGGGCCACCAUCGGGAGGUCUGGACCCUGGCUGUGAGUCCUAGUGGAGACUACCUGGUUUCCUCCUCCCAUGACAAGUCCCUCCGGCUCUGGGAUCGAACCCGCGAGCCCAUCAUUCUGGACGAGGAGCGCGAGAUUGAGCGCGAAGCAGAGUUUGAAGAGAGCAUUGCCAAAGAAAGAGAACCUGUGGUUCCCGGGGAGACGGAAGGGGAAGUGGCUCCGGCCGCCAAGAAGACAGUGGAGACGGUGAAAGCUGCUGAGAGGAUCAUGGAGGCUCUGGAGCUCUACAGAUCGGAGAGCCGCAAGUUGGAGGAGCACAAGUACGCCUGUGAGAACGCUGGCAAACAGUUGCCUCUGCCCAAUCCUAACCCCAUCCUUGUGGCCUUUGGGAACGUCUCGCCUUCCCGCUACGUGUUGGACGUCAUCAAGAAGGUCCGAUCCAGUGAGCUGGAGGUGUCUCUGCUGGUGCUGCCCUUCCCCUACGUCCCUGAGCUGCUGACCCUCUUCAACAGCUACCUCCAGGGGAAUCUGGAGGUGGAGCUGGUCUGCCGCUGCCUCUUCUUCCUGCUCAGGAUCCACUUUGGCCAGAUCACCAGUAACCAGAUGAUGCUGUCCGUCAUUGACCAGCUGAAGGACAAUACCAUCUCCAAAAUUCGGGAGAUCCGAGACGUGCUGGGCUUCAACAGUGCCGCGCUGCAGUUCCUCCAGAGAGAGCUGGAGAGCAAGGAGGAGGUGAUGUUCUUUGCCGACGCCACCGGGCGUCUGGACGAGAAGAGGAAGAAGAGGAGGCGGAGGGAGAGAGUCAUCCUCACCAUUGUCUAGACCACCAGGAGGAUUUAUACCGUUUAGUUUUCUAUGUAAGCGCUGAUGAUGAGAGUCGUUAGAAAGGAUGUAACUUACCCAUGACGUUUUUUUAUUUCCGCAAAUAAACUGUCUCAAACCCGUGA